AUGCGCUUUCCGCUCGCGGCGGCUACCCUCCCCCUGGCUGCUCAAGCCAUCAACAUUAUAUCCAGCAACGAUGACGGCUGGGCUGAAAUCAACAUUCGCUCGCUAUACGGCGCGCUGACCGCUGUGGGAUAUUCGGUAGUGGUCUCCGCACCGGCAGAGAACGAAAGUGGCACCGGUAUGGAGCAGCCUACACCGACCGAUCGCACUGAACCUUGUGAAUUCAACAGCUGUCCUGCGGAUAGUGGAGCAUACGGCAACAACGCCACGGAUCCACAUCUCAAUUGGGUCAACUCUUACCCUGUGACUUCUAUCAAACACGGAAUUGAAGUGGUCGCACCGCAGUUUUUCGGUGGUAACCCAGACCUAGCCGUCUCCGGGCCCAACGUCGGUAACAACUUGGGGCUCGCGGUUUUGUUGUCGGGCACCGUUGGCGCCGCCAACUACGCUGCGGGGACCGCAGGCAUUCCCGCAAUUGCAUUCUCUGGCGACACUGGAUCCCAGACCGCAUGGAACGCGACUCUUCCCGUCUACAGUGCAAUCUACGCGCAACUGGCGACUAAAGUGACGGAGCGCAUCGUGGCUGCUGGAGCACCGUACCUACCCGAUGGCGUAUGGCUGAACGUGAACUUUCCAGCUGUGAGCGACUCUAGCUGCGCGAGCGUUGGUGACUUCGCAUUCGUUCUGUCCCGGAUCUACACGGCCGUGCCUCUUCUCACAUCGGACGAUGUGGAAACAUGUGGUAGCAAACGUCUGCCUACGGAGACAACCGUGGUCGAUACGGACGGGUGUUAUGUCAGUAUCUCGGUGGGCGACUCAAACAAGCUAGAUGCCAAUGCAACUCUGCAGGGGGAUGUUUUGGAGAAAUUAGGCGAUUUCUUGACUUGUCUGCCGUAG